CAUUGAACAAGUGAACAGUUAGUCGGCUAAGGGUAAAGCUACGCUUGCAAAUUUUGCUCUGCAUCAGUAAUAAUGGGCAAAGUAGUACUUUAUACGGCCAAACUGAGCCCUCCGGGUCGUUCGGUUGAGCUGACCGCCAAGGCCCUCGGUUUGGAGUUGGAAAUUCGCCCGAUAAAUUUGAUCGCCGGUGAUCAUCUUAAGCCCGAAUUUGUGAAGAUGAAUCCGCAACACACAAUUCCGCUGAUUAUUGACGAGGAUGGAACUGUCCUGUAUGAGAGUCAUGCGAUUAACACCUAUCUGGCUACGAAGUAUGGCAAAGGAAGCAAUCUGUUCCCAGAUGAUGUUGUGACUCGUGCCAAAAUCAGCUCGGCACUUCAUUUCGAUUCGGGAGUGCUUUUCGCUAGGCUGCGCUUCUAUCUGGAACCCAUUCUGUACUAUGGAUCCACCGAGACUCCACAGGAUAGAAUCGACUACUUGUACAAGGCGUACCAGCUCUUGAAUGAUACACUCACCAGCGAUUACAUCGUUGGGAACAACCUCACACUGGCAGAUCUUAGCUGCGUGGCCAGCAUAGCUUCUAUGCAUGCUAUCUUUCCUAUCGAUGUGACAAAGUACCCGAAACUGGCCGCUUGGCUCGAGCGUCUUUCGAAGUUGCCUUACUAUAAGGCCACCAACUAUGAAGGAGCGCAGGAACUGGCUAAGCUGUAUCACUUCAAGCUGGAAGAAAACCGUCAAAAAGCUUCACAAUAUACAUUAGCAACCACCAAAAUGUCGAAACCCAUCCUUUACUACGACGAUGUCAGCCCACCGGUUCGAAGUGUCCUGCUGGCUUUGGCUGCCCUGGACAUCACCGAUAAGAUUGAGCUGAAAUGGAUCGAUCUCUUUAGUGCUGCUCAUCGUAAGCCAGAGUUUGUUAAGCUCAACCCUUUGCACAGGGUUCCAGUUUUGGAACACGACGAUCUUCUGCUAACGGACAGUCAUGCCAUUUUGGUCUACUUGUGUGAUGUUUACGGUCUGAACACGAAGUUCUCACUAAGCGAUCCUAAGCAACGUGCCAGAGUCCUCAAUCGGUUGUGCUUUAACAAUUCUGUAUUUUUCCAACGGGAUGCAGAAUUGAUGAGAAAAGUUUUUCACGAUAAACUAACCGAUGUUUCCGGACAUUUGAAACCGGUGAUUGAAGCAAUCGAUUUCUUAGAAAUUUAUUUAUCUAAAACCAGAUUCAUUGCAUGUGAUGAGUUGACAGUGGCAGAUUUUGCCGCGGUAGCAACGCUAAGCACACUGGAGUCGGUGUGUCCUAUUCAAGAAUCACGCUGGCCAAAGGUGAAGGCGUGGUACAACGAACUGCGGAAGCUACCCUAUUACCACGAGGCCAACCAAAUAGGACUGGACAAAGUGAAGGCAAAGAUAUAUUCCAUUUUGAAUGCUACAUAAAUAUUCAAGAAGAAGCUAGUCCAGAGUGGAUACGGUGAGCACAACGAAGUGCUGAGCUA